GGGACGGCUGGACUCCAUUAAGCCCGAAGCCUGCAGGGAAACUGUUUGGGAUACUUCACUUCUUCCAGCGCCGGGAUUUCUCUCUGGGUUUCCCCCCCUUUUCAUUAACUAAAAAAAGAAAAAAAAAACAGACUAUACAUGAUUUAAAGAAAGGGGGGGAUUUGUUUUGUACCGCGUCCUCGACUUUUUUUUUUUUUUUUUAACUGUGUUUUCCCCCCGUCUUUUGUGAAGGAUGGCGCUGGACGGGAUAAGGAUGCCCGAUGGCUGCUACGCCGACGGGACGUGGGAGCUGAAGAUGCACGUCACCGACCUCCACAGAGAUGUGUCGCUGAGAGUCACCGGGGAAAUCCACAUCGGCGGAGUCAUGCUCAAGCUCGUGGAGAAACUAGAUGUGAAAAAGGACUGGUCAGACCAUGCCUUGUGGUGGGAGAAGAAGAAGACAUGGCUGCUGAAAACCCACUGGACGUUGGACAAGUACGGCAUCCAAGCCGACGCCAGGCUGCUCUUCACGCCACAGCACAAGCUCCUGCGCCUCCAGCUGCCCAACAUGAAGCACAUGAAGGUCAAGGUCAACUUCUCGGACCGCGUCUUCAAGGCCGUGUCGGACAUCUGCAAAACUUUCAAUAUCCGCCACCCAGAGGAGCUAUCUCUACUGCGUAAGCCCCGUGAUCCCAAGAAGAAGAAGAAAAAGCUGGAGGAGGCGGAGGAGGAUGAUCUGGAGCUGGAGGGUCCGCUGUUAACCCCCGGAUCAGCCUCUGAGAUAAUAUACAUCGGACCUGUCAAAGGGAGCAUCUACUCCAGCCCUGGCUUGUACAGUAAGACUAUGACCCCCACCUAUGACUCCAGAGAUGGCAGCCCGCUGUCGCCCACCUCUGCCUGGUUCGGGGACAGCCCCCUUUCUGAGGGCAAUCCCAGCAUCCUCGCUGUCAGCCAGCCAAUCUCCUCACCAGACAUCCUGGUCAAACUCUACAAGCCCCAAUCCCUUCUGGAUAAAGCCAAAAUCAACCAGGGGUGGUUGGACUCAUCCAGGUCUCUGAUGGAGCAGGAUGUAAAGGAGAAUGAGGUGCUGCUGCUGAGGUUCAAAUACCACAGUUUCUUUGACCUCAACCCUAAGUAUGAUGCCAUCCGAGUGAACCAGCUCUAUGAACAGGCCAAGUGGGCCAUCCUGCUGGAGGAAAUUGAGUGCACGGAGGAGGAAAUGAUGAUGUUUGCUGCCCUGCAGUACCACAUCAACAAGCUGUCAAUCAUGUCUUCAGACAACCACAUGAAUAACAGCGAGAAGGAGGUGGAUGAGGUGGAUGCGGCCCUGUCAGACCUGGAGAUUACUCUGGAGGGAGGGAAGACGUCCAACACACUGGGUGACAUCACGUCCAUUCCUGAGCUAGCGGACUACGUCAAAGUCUUCAAACCCAAGAAACUGACACUGAAGGGCUAUAAGCAAUACUGGUGCACGUUCAAGGACAUCACAAUUUCCUGUUACAAGAGCAAAGAGGAAGCACAUGGGACACCUGCUCACCAAAUGAAUCUUAGAGGUUGUGAGGUAACUCCAGAUGUUAACAUCUCGGGUCAGAAAUUCAACAUCAAGUUGCUAAUCCCUGUGGCUGAUGGCAUGAAUGAGAUCUGGCUCCGGUGUGACACAGAGAAACAGUACGCCCACUGGAUGGCUGCGUGUCGCUUGGCCUCCAAAGGCAAGACCAUGGCCGACAGCUCUUACAACCUGGAGGUCCAGAACAUUCUGUCCUUCCUCAAGAUGCAACACAUGAACCCUGACCCUCAGUUCAUUGAGCCAAUCACCACAGACAUCAACCCAGAGUGCCUGGUGUCCCCGCGCUACCUGAAGAAGUACAAGAACAAGCAGCCAGGCUCUAUCAGGGACUUGAUUUCCGCCCGGAUCCUUGAAGCCCACCAGAACGUGGCCCAGAUGAGUCUCAUCGAGGCCAAGAUGCGCUUCAUCCAGGCGUGGCAGUCCCUGCCUGAGUUUGGAAUCACUCAUUUCCUUGCCAAGUUCCAGGGUGGAAAGCGGGAGGAGCUGAUCGGCAUCACCUACAACCGUCUGAUCCGGAUGGAUGCCAGCACUGGAGAUGCUAUCAAGACCUGGCGCUUCAGCAACAUGAAACAGUGGAACGUCAACUGGGAGAUCAAGAUGGUGACGGUGGAGUUUGCAGACGAGCCCAGUCUGUCCUUCAUCUGCGCCGAGGUGGACUGUAAGGUGGUGCACGAGUUCAUCGGUGGCUACAUCUUCCUGUCCACGCGUGCCAAGGACCAGAACGAGUCCCUAGACGAGGAGAUGUUCUAUAAGCUGACCAGCGGCUGGGUCUGAGCUGCCCAGAACCACCGGGGGUCAACGAUUGUAGGUCAAGGGGCCAGGAGGGGAGUGGCUGGGUGUGGGGGUGGGCGGUGGAACCACAGUGUACGGGGUUUAUUUUAUUCUAUUUCUCAGUGUUUUUUUAAAUCGUUUGGAGCUGUACUGAUGAGUCCAGAACAGCACCACUAUCGCCAUGGCUGACAGUUUUUAUUGUUGUAGGUUUUUUUUUUUUUUUUGCAUUAAUGCUGACAAGGUCAUUUGUUACAACACUAAUAUUGUGGUGAAUGGAUGAACUUUUUCGAAAACCCCUGUGGUUGAGCAGAAGCCUUACACAAACCCGAACCAGGGAAGCCUCUCUGUUUUCCUAUAACGACGACGAUGACCACCACCUGCCUCCUCUCCUCCUGGGCUGAUGGCCAUCAACUUACGUCCAUGACAACCCUUUAAAACCAAUCAGAUUUAAUCCCAAAGAAUCUCUUUCUUUCUCUCUUUCUCUCUCUCUAUCUCUCGCUGUUGUUUUUUUUCUCUCUUCUAGAACUGGACUAAAGGAGCUGACAGAAAAAACUGUCAUUAAAACGUACAUCAUAAAUUGUGGUGCCACGGAUAUUUACAGCUAUAUCAAAUUAUUUAUCCUAAAAGACAGAUUUUAUCAGACAGCAGUGGCCACUGAUCACAGCACUACAUGUCCAUCCUAUCCGCUCUAUGAAGGGUUUAGUCUCUUUGAAGUCACAUGUAAGCACUUCGACACUAUACAAGUCCUGUUUAUGAAUAAGCUGUUAUUAAAAUUUCCUUUUUGCUUUUCAUUGUCUUUUGUUUCAGAGCUUGUCCAGAGCGAUUUUGAAAUCUCGUUGUACUAGCCGACAGGUGUGACGUCGAGGAGCCUCGGUUUUGUUUUGUAUUUAAUAGUCUGCAAACAGUGAGCGUGUCUGAAAAACACACUACGGUUCAGUUCACUAGGAUGAGUGUUUUGUGGGUUUGAACGUCUUUUUCCAUUUUCUGUUAAAGACCUCUGUGCAAAAAAUGAUCAUCUUAAAAAGUCAUUGAUUCUAGUUACGUGUAUGCAGAGUUUCUUACAGGUCCAGUGUCUGGGAUUUAGUGGCAUCUAGCGGUGAGGUUGCAGAUUGUAAUCAGUUGAGUACACUACACGUUCGUCUGUUCUGGACUAUACACUAACAACAAGCAAAAUUCUGAAUAGUAUUUUCUGUUUCUGCCCCUUAAUCCAAACAAAUCCUGCACACAGGACCUUUAAACAAAACUUUGAAAGAAGUUACAUGACUUUUUAAGAUGCCUCCCUCAAUUUUAGACAGCCCCCCCUCCUUUUUUGAAGGAAACGCUUUUUUCCUCUUCUGACCUGCAAGUGCACAUUCAAAACCUCAUGUGCCAAACUGCAUUCAUACUUUGCCAAACGUAUCUGUUAAUGGCUGCUGUUCUGACCACAGUUACAAGCUACUAAAUCUCAACAGCAUGUUUGGAAUUGCAUCCAGAGAUGUAGAAAGCCCUGACGCCUCAUCGCUUAAGUGCAUGUACACUACAUGACAGGAGGGGCUCAUCACUCCCAAGCUCCACCUCUUUAGUUUUAUCGCCAUUCUGUUUCUCACACCAUAUAGUAUUAUUAUUGUUAUUAUAUUAUAGUUUUUAUCAUUACACACCAGCAAAAGGUCACCAAGUUUGAAGAAUGAAUAUGCAACUUUUUUUUUUCUGUCCUCAGUAUGAAGGAUCAGUAAAUGAAGUAUUAUUUUUUUUGUAACUAAUGUAAAAACACAAACAUUUUAUAGAAUUGUACAGUUUUUUUUCCUGCUCUUUUGGGAAAGAGGGGGGGGAAGCCAUCUGUCAACAUGUGUAGUAUUCAGAAUUGCGCCUGCUUAUGUUGUGGUCUUACUGAGUUUUCAGAUGAAGAUAUAUAUGAAUAUAUAUGAAGAUAACACUAGUCUCAAACUCCAGGUUUGAUUUAAGAUAUUUGUCGAGUACAUAUUAUAAUUUUUUUUUUAAUACAGAUAUGUAUGCCUUCUCAAUGUGCUCUCUUUUUUCUCGCAUUUCAGCUUCAUUUUAUUGAUUUUUCUUUCUCUUCUACCACUUGUGGAUCACAAUGUCUGUUCGUGGCCCUGAGUUGUGUUUUUUAGCUCAAUCUUUAGACUGACAGUGAUGCUUAAUCUGCUGCAAAUUUGAUUUGCUCAGCGCCUGUUUUUAAAAGAAAAAAAUACUUCACUUAUUCGUCUGGUUUUGUCACUAAAUGAAGUGUGCCAUUUAAUAAUGUCCGUAUGAAGGAAGCCUACAUUGUUUAGACCCUGGAGUUUGAGACAAAUCGGCAAAAGUGAACAGAGGUAAGAGAAAACCAAGCCUGGUCUGUGUUUAUUUUCUCUGAUGUUGUUUUUUUUUGUUUGCCUCCAGUGUCAGGAGCCAGCAGUGCAUGUCCUGCUGCUCUGUUUUCUGACUGUAAAAAAUGCAUUUAUUUUAAAAAAUAAAGUAAUUUUUAUUUAAA